AUGCGCUCAUUCAUAUCGAGGGCCUUGAUUACUCUCGUCUUGCUAUCUCCAGUGUUUGCCAAACCUGCUGUGAUCGACGCCCAACAUCAACUCAAUACAGUGGAAGAUGCAUUAUCAGAGACAAAGGCACAGUCGGAAGACUCGAAGGCACUGGCAGAAGAUCCAACAACCAAAAUUUUAGAUCUGCCACAAGCAGAGGUAAAUCUGCCAAAAGAAAAGAUAGAAGAGGCAAAGCUAGUUGAAGAUGGGCCAAAAGCAGGAGCUACCAACAGUGAAGCACUAUCGGGUACAGCGACAAAGUUCAACGACAUGGAAGUGCCGCCAAUGAAGGAGCUGACAGGGGAGGGAUAUGAUGAAGACAUUAAGAACGGCUACUGGUUUGUGAAGCACUACUCGCCCUACUGCCACCAUUGCAAAGCCAUAGCACCAACGUGGCAAACGCUUUACGAGUUUUACUAUACCUCCAAACCGGUCCCUGCCGGCAAGAAACCUUCGGAGUCUGAUUCACUGAAUACCUUUACCCGCUACUACGACUUUCACUUUGGAUCAUUGGAUUGUGUAGCUUACGGCGACGCCUGCACAAAGCAUAAAGUCGGUGCUUUCCCAACAUUCUCUCUCUACAAAGACGGCAAGUUCGUCAAGAAGUUCGAGGGCACAAAAGAUAUGGCCGGCCUCAGUGCGUUCAUUGAGGACACCUUGGAAUCCACACGCCCGGGUUCGAGACCGAAAGAUGGCAUGAAGCUCCCAGAGCCUGAAGCAACGUCCGUCGAUACCGCCGCUCCAGCUGAGAAGCCUGCAGAGAAGGACAAGGACCCGGCGGCAGGAAAGGCAGCCGCGGAGAAAUAUAAAGAUAAGGUAGUGGAGGACUCACCCCUACCGGCUGCGGAGACAGGGAUCGUUAAAGCUAUGAGCAAGAUUCCAGGGGUUCCAAAAAAGCCCAAGAAGCCAUCAGCUGCCCCAAACCCUCUUGGCAACUCUGUCUCUUUGACGCAAGAAAGCUUCCAAAAACUGGUCACAAACACGCAGGAUCCUUGGUUCGUUAAAUUCUACGUGCCGUGGUGUCAUCACUGCCAAGACCUCGCACCAACCUGGCAGCAAAUGGCCAAGGAACUUCAAGGAAAGCUCAAUGUUGGAGAAGUCAACUGUGAUGUCGAAGUUCGUCUUUGCAAAGACGUCCAUGUCAGAGCUUACCCAACGGUUCACUUCUUCAAGGGCGGUGAAAGAGUCGAGUAUGAUGGGCUUCGAGGUCUUGGAGAUCUCGUGAGCUACGCAAAGAAAGCCUUGGAUGUUGGUGGCGGAGUGACGGACGUGGAUGCAGAUGCUUUCAAGAAGAUGGAAGAGACCGAGGAGGUCAUUUUCUUGUACUUUUUCGACCACGCUACGACAGUCGAGGAUUUCGAAGCCUUGGAGCGAUUGACCUUGAGUUUGAUUGGGCACGCAAAGCUUGUCAAGACGGACAACAAAGAGCUUGCCGAUCGAUUCAAGAUUUCGACGUGGCCGCGGUUGCUGGUAUCAAGAGACGGAAGGCCUAGUUAUUACAAUGUGCUGGCACCGAAAGACAUGCGAGACUUUCGACAAGUGCUCGGCUGGAUGCAAUCGGUGUGGCUGCCUAUCGUGCCCGAGCUUACCGCAUCGAAUUCUCGAGAGAUUAUGCGUGGCAAGUAUGUCGUUCUCGGUAUAUUAUCUCGUGAGCGGGCAGAUGAGUUCGUGCUCGAUAAGCGCGAAAUCAAGAAUGCGGCGCUGGACUGGAUGGAGAAGCAGACACAUGCUUUCCAACUAGAGCGCCAGGAGCUUCGGGAUGCGAAGCAAUUACGUCUUGAGGAGGCUGAAGACCGAAACGACCAACGAGCGUUACGGUCGGCUAAAAGCAUCCAUAUCGAUAUCAGAGAAGACGACAAGAAGCAAGUCGGCUUUGCGUGGGUGGAUGGUGUUUUCUGGGAACGGUGGAUAAGGACGACUUACGGUAUCAAUGUCAACGAUGGGGAGAGGGUGAUCAUCAACGACGAGGAUAACCGACGAUAUUGGGACACAACCAUAUCCGGCGCGCCUAUCAUGCCCUCUCGUACCUCCAUCCUCGAAACCCUCCCGAAAGUUGUCGCCAGCCCUCCCAAAAUAUCCGCCAAAUCUUCUACAGGUGUCAUUCAACGCAUUUUCUUCGGCCUGCGUGGAGCUGCGACGGGCCAUCCGUGGGUAUCGCUGGGGAUGUUGAUUGGUAUUGUCAUUGGCACUUUUAUAUGGGGAAGGGGAAGGAUGAAGAGCGGGAAGAAGAGGAAUUCAGGGGGUUUCUUCCAGCUCGAUGGAAAGGAGGGAUUUUUGAAUGGCGGUGGGUAUGGGAAGGCUGACUGA